AUGUUAACACACCCAGCUGUCUGGCUAGGUCAGCUCAAGAGCUCUUUCCAGGGAAGGACUGAGGAACACUGGCCUCAGGUGGCCGCUAGGUGGCUCUGCGCCAGGACUUCGUCACAGUGGCUGAUGGUGAAUACAGUAACCGCCCAAUGACGGAGAAAUGGAAGAGAUCUACAUGAACAGCCUGGACAUGAGUGGGGGUAACGAAGAGCGAGGGUCGAGGGAAAGAGAGCUUGGGGGGAGCGGGAGAUCCCAGCUGGAUCAACAACAGAGAGGGAGAACAAGGAAUAGGAGACCAUGGUCUUCUUCCUGUUGCCUUCUCAUUAGACACCUCUGCUUCCUUCUUCCCAGUCAAGUCCACCUUGUUUUCCCUAUGCACCCCGAGAUGAGGCCCUGUUCCAAGUCUGGUACUCACCGGAUACAGCAAAGUCUGGAGGAGAAGGCUGUGCUGAAGAGGCUGUGGUUGUAUGGCACAGGGCAGCAGCCCUUUUAUCCUUGGCAGGGCUGUGAUGCACAGCCCAAGCAUGCUGCUGUUUUCACAAUCAGGGCAGGUGACAGAGGCAACACUCCCAGCACCUUCCUCAUGUUUCCAAGAUUCCUGACAAGAGACAAUCAAGCAAUCUCUGCCAUUGCUUCCCUGGCAUACUGGAGACCUGCUAUUUCUUCUCUCAUUUACCCAGCUCAUGCUUUAUCCUGUCUGUCUCUUAUACUUUUGCUGGGUGGUGUGAAUGUAGAGAUACAUAGAAUACAUUUCCUGCCCUUGACCAUUUCAAAUUUAACUGCAGAGACAGAGGAGUAAACAUAUAUGUAUGAUACUG